ACAUAGUCUUACUCUCUAUGUGAUUUUACUAAUAUCAAUAGACCAAAUACCUUGUAACAUAAAAAUGUUCCGAUCAUCUUUGUUUCCUAGAGUUCUCCUAUGUGAUAUUAGAAUUAAAUGCUUCCUCUCAAUUUUAUGGAGCUAUGUUUCCCAUUAUAUGAAAUGUUGCAUCAUCACUCUUGCAAGUUAUUAUUACUCUAAUGGUGAAGAACAUGCCGUGAAGCAGGACUUGAAUAACAGCACUCAAAGUUGUGUGAGACUGUGCAAAGAAGAAAUCAUUGAUGUGAUGGAAAAGCUAGGAUUAAGAGAUGAAUUUGAAGGGGUUGCUAUAGAGGAAUUUGGUGAUGAGCAAGAAAUUAGUAAUAUGUUUGAAAAUGGGGUUAGUUUGGAAGAGGUGGAGGAAGCUUUCAAUGUGUUUGAUGAAAACAAAGAUGGGUUCAUAGAGGCUGUUGAGUUGCAAAGGGUGUUGUGUUGUUUGGGAUUUCAGAGAGACUUUGUGGAAUGUCAGAAAAUGAUUAAUGUUGUUGAUCAAAAUGGAGAUGAAUUAAUUGAUCGCUAUGAGUUUAUGAAGUUGAUGGAACAAAGCUUCUUUUAAUUCAAUUAGCGAUGUAUUCAUUACAUUGAUUCAAGUAAUAAUAACUUGUAUUUCUAAGACAGAUUCUUUUAACAAAUUCUUGUUAAAGGGAAUUUCUAUGAUGUUUUUUUAGUCUCAUUAGUGUUUUAAAGUCCAAUUCAUGUAUUGUAUAAAUAAUCAUGGUUAUAAAUGAAGAGGUUAUCAACUUAA